AUGCCUCCGCCUAGGCGUCGCAGAAGACCUCGGCUUUUUACAAAAGAUAUCGAAACGCUCCUAUACGCUUUGGGCGAUGGCCCGGUAUCGCUCGAUUCCACUGUGAAUUGUCUAGAAGACUGUCUAGUGGAGUACCUCACAGACAUGUUGCACGAGGCACAGCAGUUUGCCAGAUCACAGGGAAGGUCCAGAAUCAAGCAAGAUGAUUUGCCCUUUGCUCUUCGAAACGACCCCAUGAAGUUGGGUAGACUUCACGAUAUCAAGGAGCUCAUCAACAAGAUCCAGAGAGCAAGAAACAUGUUGGAAGACUCGGCAAUGGCGACCAAGGAGUAUUUAGAAGAUGACGAGGAGGAAGACGGUGAGAAGAAACCAAGAAAGGGGAAGAAGAGAGGGAGAAAGAAGAAAAAUCAACCGGUUAUUGAACAGAACGACUCCAACGAGAGUGAAUAG